AGUCAAUUCGUCCCAGGCGAAGCUUGCGGGCCCAGGUCUUGCCCGCCAUGGCAGUGUAGACUGAGGGUCCCGCCGUGCCGGGCAAGCAUGAUGCGCGAAUUCUCUACGCCCAGGGGCACUCCGUUGUCCUCGACGGCCUGUUCCCGGACCUGGACAUCCAGCUCGAAGAGCGUGGGCAUGCUGCUUGACUUGUCUUCGCCCGGGGCCGCGGCGUGGCCCUCGACGCCCUGCUCCAAGACCUGGACACCGGGCUUGAGGAGGAGAGGCCCCGCGAGCCCCACGAGCCGCGAGAUGGCCCGCAGCUCGAGCCUGCCCCAGAUGAAGUCGGUCCACGAGGGCGCCGGUCACCUCCGCGCGCAGAGCACGGGCGCGCUGCACAGGAGCAAGACCGGUGGCCUUCUCGGCGGGGUGUCCACCAGCGCCGAGGCGCUGAACGCCCAGUCUCAGCAGGACCUCCUCAGGCUGCUCGGGGAAUGCAGGGGCGAGGCGAGUCUCGUGCGCUCGACGGUCUCGGGCAAGGAGGGCAGCCGACCCGUGGACGACCACGGGAAGGGGGGCGCCACCAGCGACAGCUUUGCGGACCUGCUGGACGAUGCCCUGGAGAGGAUCGCCGCGCUGAGGCGCACCAUGGACAACUUCGACCCCAAAGGAAACAGCGGUCUGCGCAACAGCCCCUCGCCGCUCGCGCUCCAGCGCGGCAGGGCGGGCGACCCUGGCAUGUCGCGCGAGGACGCAGAGCAGUUGCGAGGUCGCCUCGAGGCCUACAAGAUGGGCCGCAGGGCGGAACCCGACCUCCCGCCGCUGCAGCCGAGCCCCCCGAAGACGCCGAAAAAGCAGCCGGAGACGGACAUUCUUCUGCGCAACGCUUCGCCGGAGGCCCUGAGAAGACAGUCCCUGGACUCGAAGAAGCUUCAGCUGCACAAGCACGCUCAGCUGCAGGAUUUGCGAAUUGAGCUCGCCGUGGCCAACCGAGUGACCAUCGUGGACGCCAGGGCCCAUGUCAUCCAGAAGAAGCUGGAGCAGAAGACUCAGCAAGGCGCGAGGGCCGUAGCGAUGCGCCGGAAGAACCAGCCGAAGCUUCAGCAGGACGGGCGCGACCUGCGGAAGGACCAGAUGCUGGAGAAGUGGUCCACAGCCUGCGUCGUCGGCGCCUUCGCCCGGCAGCUAUUGGAGGAGCUCCGCGUUCGUAGGAUGUCGGACAAGGAGCGCAUGGAGUACAUGGCGAGGACGGGGCCAUUCAGCAGGAUGCACGGGCCGAAUGCGAGCCGCUUCAUUCAGAAUGCCGUGGUGCAGUCCCAGAGCAUCCAGGAAAUGCACUUGGCGCCCAGCGGCCUUGUGAGGCUGAGCGAAGUGGCCACGCGGCUACAGUACCAAAUGCGCCGACAUCGGAAGCAGUCGCAGGCCAGUUGCAUCGUAGCGUGCCUGCAGGCAUGGAGAGUGGCUGGGCGCACCUUCGUGACCCUGAAGCAGUUCGCGCGGCGCGUGGUGAAGAUGCAGCAGUGGUGGCGCAGAAUGAGCGCGCACUUGCAGGAGGUCCGCGACAAAGUUGCGAAGCGCUGGGAGCGCCUCGAGAUGGAGCCGGUCGAGCGGGAGCUCAGCAAAGCCGGGCGACGCCAUCGCGCGGUGGUUGAUCCGCGUGCUGCGCCGGACGACCGCGCGAAGGUGACCAGGACCCCCGAGGACAUCCGCAACAGGUUCGUGGAGUACGAGUUGAGGGCCCGCCGCUACGCGCUGCUCCCGGCGAUCCGGUGCUGGGAGGAGGACUUGGCCCAGUGGCGCAGCAGCUGGCGGAGCUGGUCGGCGGAUCGCGAGGCGCGCCGCGCUCUGGGGCUCGAGGGCACGGCCAUCCCAGCGCCGCUGGCAACGUGGCCUCCAGUGAGGCCCACGUACCUGCCGAAGGCCCACCUCCCCCAGGAGCGGACUCGUGGCUGCGAGUGCCCGACUUGGUGCCCAGGAAGGGUUGGCGACGAAGACAUCCUCGACAUGCGGCGCCGCUGCCGCACGAGCCCGGGGGGGCAGGGCGGGUGGAUGAGGAUUGCGGUGGAGAAGGGCUCUGUUUCAGGCUCCAGGGCAGCCGGCGGAGCCGUGGAGAGGGGCAGCAAGGGUAUCGCGGAGGAAUUUGCCGCAGAUCCAGGGCACGUGGAGGAGGAGGAGCUCCGGCAGUGGGGCUGCAGCGCGGACCGGCUCCCGAGCGCCAGCAAGGAGCCGCCGGGCCGCCCAGCCAGGUAGCCCUGAGCGCGCGUCCCUGCGCCGGCACUGGCCCCCACACCGAACCCCAGGUCCUGGAGGCAGGAAAGGGGUAUGGGGCCGCGCCGGGAACAAAUCAGGACAUCGCAUGCCUGGGGCUGGCCCGCCCGGGCUGCGCCCCGAGGGCUAUCGGCGGGCACAGGGCGCACCCCCCGCGGGUCUUGCAGGCAGCCUGUGUGUCCCAGCUGCCUGCUGCAAGCUCCCCUGCAGUUCAGCGCUCUGGCUUGAGCCGCCGGGGGUCUUGUACGCCUCCUCCCCUGUCUCGGGGGUGGACAGAACCUCCACCCUGACACGUCGAUUGAAUUGCCCAUUUUCGGUUCUCGAGAGUGCGCCGCGGCCGUCAUUUUCCAGGCUUGCGCCCGCCAGGUUUGGGCCCGAGGUCGUUCUCACUAAACCACGUUUUACUAAAGGGGGUUAUGUCCAUCCCUGGCUGUCCGCAGCGUUGCUCUCCUCUUCCUGCAUCGUUCCUCCUCCAUCCUCCCCUCUCACAUUUGAAGGCGCAGGCUUAGUGGGAGCCUCGUUAGGGCGUCUCGGAGCUGUCUUGGGCGCGCUGG